UGUAAUUCAACUCCACUCUAAUCUGUCCAUGAUUCGCCUCAUUAACACAUAGAUAAUUUGGUGUCAUGACGGAGCCAGUCGUGUAUCCUGCUUUUCAGCUUGGGAAACCGCAACAUGACCAGGGUUCGUUCCUCGGUCGCCUGAGGCACUUUGUGGACAUCAUAGACCCCAGCACGCUGUUAGUGUCUGAGGAACGGUUGCAAGAAUGCAUCAAACUCCUGGACGAUUUCAAACAUCACAGGCUUCCACCGGGAGUGUCCAACCAACAGCUGUGGGAAGCACAGAAGGUCAAACAGGCCAUCAUUCACCCUGACACGGGAGAGAAGAUCUUCAUGCCGUUCAGAAUGUCAGGUUAUGUACCAUUCGGAACACCGAUUGUCAUCGGCCUUCUCCUUCCAAAUCAGACCGUGGUUUCUACCAUAAUUUGGCAGUGGCUAAAUCAGAGUCACAAUGCCUGUGUGAACUAUGCCAACCGCAAUGCUACCAAGCCGACGCCAACUGCUAAGUUUCUGCAAGGCUAUGUGGGGGCUGUGACCAGUGCUGUCUCCAUAGCAGUUGGACUGAAUGUGCUGAUUCAGAAGGCCAACAAGUUGAGCCCAUCCACCCGCAUGAUUAUCCAGAGACUGGUCCCCUUCCCAGCUGUGGCCUGUGCAAACAUCUGCAACGUGGGCCUCAUGAGGCACAGCGAGCUGACCGAGGGCGUCGACGUGCUGGACGGCGACGGCAACGUGGUCGGAUCGUCCAAAAUCGCUGCUAAGCAUGCCAUCAUGGAGACUGCCUUCACACGCGUGGUUCUGCCCAUGCCCAUCUUCGUGUUACCGCCCAUCCUCAUGUCCUACCUAGAGAAAAUGCGGUUCCUACAGAACCACCGCCGACUGCGGCUCCCCAUCCACAGCCUGGUGUGCCUGGCUACGUUCAGCCUCUCCCUGCCGCUGGCCAUUAGCCUGUUUCCACAGAUGUCUCAGAUCGAGGCUUCUCACCUUGAGCCGGAGAUUGCCAUGGCGACAGAUUGCAGAGUGUUGACUUACAACAAGGGCUUAUGAUGAAUGGUGUGUGUCGGAGAGUGGAUGGCGGGGGAGUGAAUGGGGCUGGCUGUGAAUAAUUGUCUCGGACAAAGCCCAUCGGAACACAGGCCAAGGACCCUCUCGCUGAGGAACAGGGGAGUAGCUCACCACACACUAACUGUAACGCUAACACACGGUUCUGCCGGGGCCAAUGGAAUAACAAGACGACCACCACCACCGCCACCAAACCAAGCCUACUGUGAAACAUCAUUAUUACUGUACGAGGACAUAGCUAAUAUAAAUCUCAGAAGAUGUGUUUUAUGUGUUACAGCCGUGUAUGGAUGUUUGUAUACUUUUAUGGUUUGAGCUUUUAUGAUAUGAUAUAUUUGACUAGAUAUCCACACACCAGGUUGUCUGAGCCCAAUAAUGUGAAUAUGUGAACUAACAACGCAAACACUUACAUCGAGGUUGCAGGUAUUUGUUCAUCUAAAAGUAUUCACUCGUGCAUUUUCCUUGGAACCCAAUUAGCGGGAGGGAAUUUGUAGCUACAGUAUUGACAGAGGAAAACCAUAGCGAUUUUCUGCACACAAUACUAAAUUUUCUUCCUUGUGCUACAUGAUUCUGAUUAAUUCAUACUAAAUGUUUGCUAACAAUAACUUGACUUACAAUAACUUUCUGUAAUUUAAAUUAUGUAAUAAAUACCUUUGCUAAAUACUUUCAGGACAGAGUGUUUCCUGGCUCUAAUGAUGCCACGGCAGUACCUAG